CCAUGUCAAAUUGCCUCUCUCCGUUGAGUUAGAUUCUAAAACCCAAACGUAACCUCCACCGGCUUGCUCAAGAGCUCAACCAGAUGUUAAAGCUCUUCUCAUCAACAAUUAGAAAUUCAACCCUUCUUCAAGCACUAAAAAUCCCCAAACUCGAAAUUCCCACUUCCCAUUUCCAUAGCACAAUCCCGCCCUCCAAUCCCGCAAUCCAAUUCAUUCUUGAAGAAGCUCAGGACGACCUCCAGUCCUCCCAGGGGCCAAUUAAACGACUUUCUUCUGGGAAUGGAGAGAUAUCGCGACCGACAGAAUGUGAUUCCGGAGUUAUAUCUCACCCGUACCCGGAGUGGGUUGACUUGAUGGAGACGCUAAUCAAGAAUGGAUAUUUCGCCAACGUUGGUAACCCAUUUCUCCGAAACAACGAAUUGGGCAAUAAAGACUCGAACGAAAUACGCACUGCCUGUUUGAAUUUCGCCCGUGAUCAGUUUGAUCUUGUAAGAUACCUGUCCCAAAAAGAUAUUGAAGUGAUUGCACAAGCUGGAUGCCCCAGCGUGGAUAGGAAAGUUGUCAACUCUGGGAAGCGCCUAAGAGCCCAUCUGGGCAUUGAUGAAGGAAAUGUUUGCAGCUCCUGCAUAUUGCGGGGAAACUGUGAGAGGGCAUAUGUCAAGGUGCGUGAGGAUGAAGGUAGACGGACUGUGGAUGUUAUGCGUUUAUUAUUUAUAUAUGGGCUUGAUCCAGUAUCUGGUUCAGUGGAGAACAAGCCUUGCCUGAACGAAAGAGUCAAGGAAUCAGUAAGAAAGUUACUGAAAGAAAUUGUGGAAUUCAGUAAAGCGGAAGGUGCUUAUGAGACCAACAAAGCCUUAAUCCCUGGAAGGUCAUCUACACAACAACUUGCAGCAAACUGUAGAGAUGGCAAAAUGAAGGUUCCAAUGAAGCAAGGCGAUUGGUUAUGCACUAAAUGCAAUUUCCUAAAUUUUGCAAGAAAUAUCAAGUGCUUACGCUGUAAUGACCUAUCCCAAGAAAGGCUACACAAUCUAAGAGUCGAGCAGGAUAAUCUUCCAUUGAAAAAGGGAGAUUGGAUAUGUGACAAAUGUAAUUUCUUGAACUUUGCAAAGAAUACAAGGUGCUUACAGUGUAAAGAGAAUCCACCAAAGCGGCUACUUCAUCCUGGAGAAUGGGAAUGUGAAUCGUGCAAUUACAUCAAUUUCAAGAGAAAUGUGGUCUGCUUAAAAUGUGAUCACAGAAGACCUAGAGCAUCAAAUUGUGCUAGUUCUACCUGUUUGUCUGCAAGUCCUACCACAAGCAAUCAUCUUAGUCGGCCCUAUCUUGGCACAGAGAAACAACCGAGAGAUGAGUUUAACAAGCCAAAAUUUGUUAAGGGUGACGGUGAAUAUCCCGAUGACUCAGUGUUAUGGAAUCAUGAGACUGGAUAUGCAGAUUUCCCCAUUUUAGGAGGUAAAAGUGAUCUUUCUCGAAAUGAACAAAAGCGGGAGAGAUGGAAAAGGGAGAUGACAGAGAAGAGCACAAAAGCUGCAAAGGCAAAAGAGAAAGCCCAUGAAUUCAAAUCCUGCUUCGUUGACAGCAGCAAGCAUUUCCAGCUUACUGAUGAUGAAGAAAUGGCUGACUGGUUUGGGCAAUGAAACUAUUCAAAAUGCCAUUAUACUUGCUUCGAAACAUCUAUUUUGUUUUCUGCAGACAUGCUCCAACAUCAUACUCCAUAGCUUCCUGGGUUCAGACUUCCAAGCUUCAACCAAAUUCAAAAUAGGUCAUUAGAGCAUGUUUCCCCCUUUAGCUUCAGCCACUUAACAACCAUCUCAAAAUUAGACUCCACCACCUUUUGAAUUCCCACCUCAGCCAGCACUGCAUUCUCCAAUAUAUAUUAGUCAGAAACACCAAACAGAACACUCCAAUGGCCAGCCACAUCACCUCUCAUUCGACUUGCUAAGCUCUUCAACCUUGGGGCGUUUCUUGAGAAGAUGUUCAAUAUUCUCCAGGACACCCGGGCAAUAUAACCUUGUGAAGUCACAUUUUCAGCACCCUGCCAUAUUUAACCAACAAAAGAAAAGCCCUUAUGUGGUUAGUCACUUUAAGUUUCCAGAUUUUUCCCCAUUCACGGUCACGAUUCUCAUCUGCAUGCAACAUCACCACCUCAUAUGCUGAAGAAACAGUGAAGCAACCAGUGCCAUUUAAAGCCCAGCAAAGCUCAUCAGUAGCCAAAUCAUCAUUGCACAGCACUGUAGCUAGCUGCCAAAAUACGGGAGAAGUUCAUUCAACCUAUCCCAUCUCCAUCCACUCUGGAGUUCUGACACUCCAAUUUCAGCUUGCGAAAGGCAAUACAGCUAGUGGAGCACCCUCAAUUCACUGAUCCAGCUAAAACUUCGUAUCCCUACCAUUUAGAGCCACUACCUGAACUCCUGCAUUCAGGAUGAAGGAGCUUUGGAAAUUCCCUGCCAAAGGUUAGACACCCGCACCCUUUGAUAUUCCUAACGUUUCCUACGGUGCAAUCACCAUGCUUGUACUUAGUUUAGAAUAAAAAGCAUAAAUUGAAGAAUUUUAGAAUGAGCAUGCAAAAAUGUAUAGUUGCAUAAAGUAUUGGCAUUGGGAGGAGUUGUUUUCGAAUUGAAUUGGAUUUUAUGGAUUUAAAAUCAAGGAUUGUGCUGCAAUUCUCUGUACCCCAUAUCAGUAACCAGAGUAGUAUUAUAGGUGAUGGCGCAUCCUGCUGUGUUGAUGAGUAGAUGUUAAUGGAGGUUUAGUACUGAUUAUUAGUAAUUUGAAAAAUCAAGAUUCUACAGUUUAAUUAAGUUGAUACGAAACUUAGUUGUUGACAAUGUAUAUUGAUGUGUGUAUAUGUGGCUUAAAACCUUAUGUAUUUCAAUGCUAUCAAAUGAAGCUCUAAAAUAAGAGUGUUAGUGCUGUUUGGACAAA